GGUGACAGGUCUGUGGUGGCCUCUAGGGAGGGGACGGAAGAUAGUGCCUUGCACGGGAUUGAGGAACUGAAGAAGGUGGCUGCCGGGAAGAAGAGGGUGAUUGUUGUUGGCAUUUCUGUGGGACUCUCUGCUCCAUUUGUGGCAGGCCAGAUGGACUACUGCAUGAACAACACAGCUGUCUUCUUGCCAGUCCUGGUUGGCUUCAAUCCAGUGAGCAUGGCCAGAAAUGACCCCAUUGAAGACUGGAGUUCAACAUUCCGACAAGUGGCAGAGCGGAUGCAGAAAAUGCAGGAGAAACAGAAAGCUUUUGUGCUCAAUCCUGCCAUCGGGCCUGAGGGUCUCAGCGGCUCCUCCCGAAUGAAAGGUGGAAGUGCCACCAAGAUCCUGCUGGAAACCCUGUUAUUAGCUGCCCAUAAGACUGUGGACCGGGGCAUUGCAGCAUCUCAAAGAUGCCUCCUGGAAAUCUUGCGGACAUUUGAACGAGCUCAUCAGGUGACCUACAGCCAAGGCCCCAAGAUUGCCACCUUGAUGAAGCACGUCAGCACCAGUCUGGAGAAGAAAGGCCAUGUGUACUUGGUUGGCUGGCAGACCCUGGGCAUCAUUGCCAUCAUGGAUGGAGUAGAGUGCAUCCACACGUUCGGCGCUGAUUUCCGAGAUGUCCAUGGCUUUCUCAUUGGUGAUCACAGUGACAUGUUUAACCAGAAGGCUGAGAUCACCAACCAGGGUCCCCAGUUCUCCUUCUCCCAGGAGGACUUCCUGACUUCCAUCCUGCCCUCCCUCAUGGAAAUUGACACUGUGGUCUUCAUUUUCACCCUGGAUGACAACCUCACGGAGGUGCAGACUAUAGUGGAGCAGGUGAAAGACAAGACCAGCAACAUCCAGGCCCUGGCACAUAGCACCGUGGGGCAGUCCUUGCCGAUCCCUCUGAAGAAGCUCUUUCCCUCCAUCAUCAGCAUCACAUGGCCACUGCUUUUCUUUGACUAUGAAGGGAACUUCAUCCAGAAGUUCCAACGUGAGCUAAGCACCAAAUGGGUGCUGAAUACAGUGAGUACGGGUGCUCACGUGCUUCUUGGUAAGAUCCUGCAAAACCACAUGUUGGACCUCCGAAUUAGCAACUCCAAGCUCUUCUGGCGGGCGCUGGCCAUGCUGCAGCGGUUCUCUGGACAGUCCAAGGCUCGAUGCAUCGAGAGCCUCCUCCAAGCAAUCCACUUUCCCCAGCAACUGUCAGAUGAUAUUCGGGCUGCUCCCAUCUCCUGCCAUGUCCGGGUUGCACAUGAGAAGGAACAGGUGAUCCCCAUCGCCUUGCUCAGCCUCUUAUUCCGGUGCUCCAUCACUGAGGCUCAGGCACACCUGGCUGCAGCUCCUUCUGUCUGUGAGGCUGUCAGGAGCGCUCUUGCUGGGCCAGGCCAGAAGCGCACAGCGGACCCCCUCGAGAUCCUAGAGCCUGCCGUUCAGUGAACUGGUGUUUUUGGUUGGGUGAAAGGGGCCCAACCCUGCCCACUCCAGCCCAGCCCACCCAAGGGACUUGUGCCAGCAGCACAUGUGGGAGGGAGAAGCCCCGUUUCCAGGGGCACCAGCAGCCCAGGGUGGGGAGAAGGAUUCUCUCCACUUUGGGGGAGAGUUCUUGCUCUUGACCUGGUAGUUUCUAUUUUCAUUCAAUUAUUCUGAUUUCAGAAAUAAAAUGAAAUGUCUUAUUUUGGAAAGUUAA